GUCUUCUCUCACCUGUUUACUAUUUUUUUUUAACUUUACUCAAUUUCUUGAGCUCAUAACCUCUUUCUCUUUUUUUUUUUAAACAAGCUAGCAGGCCAGCUACAGCUAUAUUCAAACAAUGAUUUCUGCUCUGGCAUGGGUCCGCAAAGGAGUUGCUGCUGAAAAGCCCACCACAUACGAGAUGACUGAGGAGGAGUACUCCAACCUGCAAGCUGUUGCUUCCGAGGAGAUCGCUGACGCCAAAAAGGAGCUCAAGAAAAAGUCCAAACUCGACGCUGAGAUUCUCAACGAUCCGGCGCUCAAGGACUUCAACCUCGAAUCGUACGAUUCUGAGCCCAGCGACACAGAAGACCCAGAGGGCACCAACAUCAACGUGUUUAGCAACAUUAAGGGCCUCUCCUACUACCAGGACGCCCAGGAGGACCCCUAUAUUACGCUGAAGGACGCUGACGACUCUGACGAGGAUGAAGAGAUGCGGAUCUUCGGCUCUGACAACAUUCUCCUGGUUGCCAAGACCGAGGACGACAUCAGCAACCUGGAAGUCUGCGUGUUCGAGGGCGAGGGCGACAACCUGUUUGUGCACCACGAUUUUAUGCUGCCGGCGUUCCCGCUGACAGUCGAGUGGCUGGACUUUAGGGUGGGACGGAAGGCCGGGCAGGAGGGCGGAGGCAACUACGUGGCGGUCGGAACGUUUGAGCCAAGAAUCGAGAUCUGGGACCUGGAUACCGUCGACAGCACCUAUCCGGAUCUGGUCCUGGGCAGCACGGACAAGAAGAUGCUGCGCAAGCGCAAGGGCAAGCCGCACCCAGAAUUCCACACGGACGCCAUUAUGGGGCUCUCAUGGAACAAGAACGUGCGCAAUCUCCUGGCCAGUUCCUCCGCCGACACCACCGUCAAGCUGUGGGAUCUCAACUCGGGCAAGUGCGUGCAGUCGUACGAGCACCACAAGGAUAAGGUGCAGGCCGUCCAGUGGCACCCCACCGAGGCAUCAGUCAUGCUGACCGGCGGGUAUGAUCGCCAGGUUGCGGCCUUUGACUCGCGCGCGCCCGCGGCCAUCAGCUGGUGGUCGGUCGAUGCCGAUGUCGAGAGCAUCAUGUGGGAUGUCCACAGCCCCAGCCAUUUCUUUGUUGCCACAGAGGCUGGAUCCGUGCGCUACUUCGACAUUCGCAACGUCAAGGGCGGCAAGGGCGCCGCCCCCAUCUAUACUCUGGUGGCCCACGAUGAGGCUGUCUCCGCAAUGGACCAGCAUCCGACGGUGCCCGGCCUUCUUGUCACUGGAUCAGCCGACGAGACCGUCAAGGUAUGGGACGUGCGCGAGAACAGGCCUACAAUGGUCAUUAGCCGUAACCUCGAUGUCGGCAAUGUCUUUGCCGCCAGUUUCUGCCCCGACGAGACCAUGCUGAUGGCUGUUGCGGGAUCCAAGGGUGAGACGCGCAUCUGGGAUAUUUCCACGAACGCUGCUGUUAGGUCUAUCUUUGGCGACGCGUCGAUCAGGACUUUGCCUGUGGUUGAGAAGCCGCUGGUCAGCAUCGUUGAUGAGGCCGAUGGUGACGAAGACGACACCAGAGAGGCCAUUAUCGCCGAGAUGCACGGCGAUGUUAUGGAGCCCGUGGAGGCUGUCUCAGAAGACGAUGAGGAUGAUGAUGAUGAGGACGAUGAGGAGGCCGAGGAUGACUCUGACGCUUCAAUGGAAUCUGACAGCGACAACUGAAAACAUACAAAAUACUCUGCAACAUGUUUAAUACAAUUAAAUUACAAAAUA